CUGCAAGAAGUGGACGGAGAAUAUUCACGGUUGAUGACGAAUAUAACAACCAAAAAGAGCUGAUGAUUGGCUGAUUUCGAUGAAGAGAAGAAAGAAGAUCAAGACACGCACAGAAAGAUAAGAGAUUCAACAUGGGUUUCUCCAAAGACAAUCUAAAAGGCUUUAUCUUGGCUUUGUCAUCGAGUGCGUUUAUAGGGGCAAGCUUCAUCAUCAAGAAGAAAGGCCUCAGAAGAGCUGCUAUAACUUCUGGUGUUAGAGCUGGUGUUGGUGGAUUCUCAUAUCUCUUGGAGCCCCUCUGGUGGUUGGGCAUGUUGACGAUGAUUGUUGGGGAGGUUGCAAACUUUGUUGCUUAUGCAUUUGCGCCAGCAGUGCUUGUCACCCCACUUGGUGCAUUAAGUAUCAUUGUCAGUGCUGUGUUGGCGCACUUUAUAUUGAAUGAGAAGUUACACAAGCUAGGGAUCCUGGGUUGUGUAAUGUGCAUUGCUGGUUCUAUUAUAAUUGUGAUUCAUGCACCACAGGAGCACCCUAUAACUUCUGUUCAGGAAAUAUGGACUAUGGCAACUCAAUCAGCUUUUUUGCUUUAUGUGGCCUCAGUGAUUGUGCUUGUUUUUGUUCUGGUCUUCCAUUUUUCACCUCAGUGUGGGCAUUCAAACAUCUUAGUUUUCACUGGCAUUUGUUCGUUGAUGGGUUCUCUUUCGGUGAUGAGUGUUAAAGCCGUUGGAACAGCACUAAAAUUGACAUUUGAAGGAAACAACCAAUUACUCUAUCCGGAGACAUGGUUUUUUAUGUUUGUUGUUGCUACAUGUGUCAUCACUCAAAUGAAUUAUCUCAACAAGGCACUUGAUACAUUCAACACUGCUGUUGUUUCACCCGUUUAUUAUGUCAUGUUCACCUCAUUUACAAUACUUGCCAGUGUCAUCAUGUUCAAGGAUUGGGAUGAUCAAAGCAUGGGAAGCAUUAUUUCUGAAAUUUGUGGCUUUAUCGUUGUGCUUUCUGGCACUGUCCUAUUACAAACAACCAGAGAAUUUGAAAGAAGUUCAUCUUUUAGAGGUGGCUAUGCACCUUUAUCCCCCACAUUAUCCACUGGAUUAUGCAGUGGGAAUGGGGAAUUUAUGAGGCAUGAUGAAGAGGAAGAUGUGCCCCCAACGGAUGAGUUCUGCUUACAAAGACAAUAAAUGACCAUCUUAGAAGGGACCCUUCUGCUUCACUUGGUCAUGCUAUACAGAAUCCAAGUUUUCCAAUGAUAUCCCCUCAGAUGAUAUUGCUACAGCACCUAUUACGGAUCCAUUAAAAAAGUUCCACGAAUAGGAAAUCUACAUUGGGGCUGAUUGUUUAGUGGCUCUCUUUUCCAGGCAUCCUUGAAUAUAUGUUUUUAAGAACUUUUGUCCAGAGGGGUGGAAUGUUUUUACUGGUUCUUACUGUUUUGGGGUAUGUGUUUAUUUGGUGUUUGUGAAGAUUGUUGGGGGAAAGGAAUUAGUGUGUUCAAACUUGCUGAAGUGUGAGACAGAAGAUCCAGGAACCGGAAUCUUCAUGAAGAAAGCUGCAAUCUUUUGAAAAGUUAUGAAGCUGUGAGAUUGAUGUGUGUUUACAGUGAAAGGCAUAGACUCUGCAAGGUAGUAUUUGUUACCAAUUCGCUGAUAGGCGUGUAAGAUUUGAUUGUUCAUUGUUUAUAAGGUAAAAGGUAGGAAGAGUUGAUAUAUAUAAUGUAUUCUUUGAUCAGGUUGAAGAGCAGUAUUUCAAAAUUUGACAUUCAUAGCAUCAAUUCUUGAGAUUUUGAUUUCCUUU